UGGCGGAGAAUUAUUGUGACAGCCCUGCCUCACAUUUUUUAUUUUCCUGCCCAUCUUCAGCUUUCUCUUCUCCUACCAUUGAAACUGACCUACCACGCUUAUCCCAAUUAUCAUAACCAUCAAUCCUCACCAUGUUCGCCUCUCAUGUCAUCGGGAUGCUGCUGGCUGCGGCCUCAGUCAAGGCCAUUCCUGCUUCAUUUGAAGGCUUGAUCACCGCCGAUAUCACCUGGACCGGCCGGGUCGUCGCCAAUGGCUCCAUGGUCAACUUCACUGGCCCCUCUCUCCAGGCCAUCGAGCAGAGCAUUGCUUCUGUCUAUCCCGGCUUUACUUGGGCUACUGCUCCCCAGCCUAACGACGAUUUUUCUCUGAGCAGCCGUAACAUUGAUGACACCCAAGAUGUCCCCACCCCUUCGUUGCUCAAGUGUUGGGAUGGAGGUGUUGGUGAUGCCGAUGCCUCCCACAUCACUGAGGGCAUCAAUUACCUCCAGAGCGUCCCUGGAUACUGCUCGAAUGAUGCCGGCGCCGCCAACUGCGGACAGAUCAGUUGCAGCUACAACAGCGCCAUCAUGUGGUGCAACAACAACAGGCGUACCUACACCACGCACUGCAAGAGCCUUGCCAAGUAUGCCACAGCUAUUGUCAGGGGGUGCCAGCAUGAGACGCGUGAUUCGGCGCAUGAGACCAUCUGGACCCGCGGCAUCCAGGGAGAUGAGCUUGGGAUUAGCGUCAUUGCCGCGAAGCCAGCGGUUGAUUGCUGAGCAAGAAGAGAAAGGCGGGAGGAACUUUGGUUGCGAGAGAUGACUGGUUAUGCAAUGUCAAUCGAUCUGAGGUAGAUGGAGGUAAUCUGCAUAGAAGAGAGAUAUCGCAA